AAAAAAUGAUGUGGUCCUUGUCAUUUCCGUCUUCCUACUGUGUAGUUUCUAUGAAUUUAUAUGGGUUUGGGUUUGGGCACUCAAAUAGAGAGAAAGAGGUCGAUUCAUUUCAACUUCUUAGGAUUGGGAAUUAGUUUCAGAUUUAUUCGGUUUGCCUGUGUCUAGAAUUGGAAAUUAUUGCUAACAAUGGGGGAGCAAAAGGAGGAGAAAACAGAGGAGAAGAAGGAGAAGAAGGGUGGUGGUGAGAAGAAGGAGGAUGGGCCUGUUCCAGUUGUUAUCAAGGUGGACAUGCAUUGUGAAGGCUGUGCAAGGAAGGUCAAGAAAUCUGUUAAGGAUCUCCCAGGUGUUCAGGAUGUCAAGGCCGAUUUAAUCGCCAAUAAGCUGACUGUUAUUGGUAAGGUUGAUCCGAAGACGGUGUGUGAGAGGGUGCAGAAGAGGUGCCAGAAGAAAAUUGAGCUUAUCUCUCCCCUGCCUAAGAAGGAGGAGGGAGAGAAGAAGGAGCAGAAACCAGAGGAGAAGGAGAAGGAGAAGAAGCCAGAGGAGAAGAAGGAAAAGGAGCCAACUGUGAUAACCACUGUAUUGAAGGUCAAUUUGCACUGUGAGGCAUGUGCACAUAAUGUGAAGAAGGCUAUUCUUAAAUUCCCAGGAGUACAGACUGCAGAAUCUGAUCUUAAGAACAACACGUUUAGUGUGAAAGGAACAAUGGAUCCUAAUAAACUGGCAGUGUACUUGAACAAGAAGACCAAAAAGCAUGUUGAAGUUGUCCCACAGAAGAAAGAGGGAGAAAAGAAAGAAGAUAAGAAGGAAGACAAGAAAGAAGGUAAUGGUGGCGGUAAGAAGAAGGACGGUGGGGGGGAUAAGAAGGAUGAGGAAAACAAGAAGAAGGGAGAGGAUGAUAAGAAGGCAGACGAAUCCAAAGGUGAUAGUGAAGAAGCAAAGGGCGAGGGCAAGAAGAAUGAAGCCCCCAUUCCUAGAUAUGUAAUCGAGUAUGUUCAUCCCCCUCAACUUUUUAGUGAUGAAAACCCAAACGCCUGUUCUAUCAUGUAACUUUGUACUUGCAUGGAGUAACAGAUGUUUUGUGGGCAGGCAUGAAUCCUUGGCGAAUUUAAGUGAUCAUAUGAUUUUAAGAUUGUAAAAGGCUUGAUCAAUAUGAUCAAGAAUAAUAAACGGAUUGGGAGGAAAUCUUGUGCAUAAAACUCUAGACAGGACUAUAGAGUAGUGUACUUAGAUUGAAGGUUUUUUUACUUAUGUUUACACAAUACUUUACUGAGUAUGGUUGUUCCUGAAGAGCAUGAAAUUCUGAUACUUGCUCCGAAAUUUUGCACCCAAUAGCAGAUCCACGGAAUAGCAUAUUUUGUUUAAUUCAGGGCAGUGGCCCCAAGUUGUACGUUCCUUAGGGAUAAGUAUCAUAAAUAUGCUGUAAAUAAAAUGUGUAUUUCAAAAAUGUUCAGGCUGAUACAAUCUGUUCUCAUUUCA